AUGUUUGCGUGUGCGGCUGUGCUGGUGGCAGCUGUUUGGCUGUUCACGCUCCUGUUUCGAACCCACAGGAGUCCAAACUUCCCUCCAGGACCCAGACCCAUCCCUAUAUUUGGAAACCUGCUGGAGCUGGAUCUGGAAAACCCUCUGGCAGAUCUGAGAAGGUUGUCCAAACAGUACGGGAACGUCCACAGCCUGUUCAUUGGUUCCAGACCUGCAGUUGUUCUCCAUGGGUUUAAGGCCAUUAAAGAAGCUCUGGUCAACAAAGGAAACGACUUCUCAGGACGAGCACAAGACCUGAUGGUCAAUCAUGCCAUCCACCCCAUAGCCCAUGCUCCAGGGGUGGUGUUAGCCGACUACAGCUCCUCCUGGAGAGAACGACGACGCUUUGGUCUGAUGACGCUGAGGAACUACGGCCUGGGGAAGGAUUCAAUGGAGCAGAGGAUUCUGGGAGAAGUCAACACUCUGAUUAAGCUGAUGGAGCAGAGUUUAGGUACAUCCAUCAGUCCUCAGCUGAUCUUCCACAGCGCUGCCUCCUACAUCAUCUCCCAGAUUCUGUUCGCUCAACAGUACGACUACGAACACGACUUCACCAAGUUCUUUGUCGGCGUUUUUCUCGAGGUUUCCAAAAUAUUCAAUGGUCGUUGGGGAAUGCUUUAUGAUUCUUUUCCCGUCCUCCGUAACCUGCCGUUGCCAUUCCGCAGAGCCUUCACACUACUGCAGGGUGCUCAUGAAAAACACAGAAAGAUUUUAAGUGAGAAUAAAACCACCAGAGUUCCUCAAAAACCUCGUCACUUAAUCGACUGCUACCUGGACGAACUGGAGAAGGUUGGUGACGGUUCGUCAUUUUCUGAAGACAAUCUGUAUUCUUUACUGUUGGAUUUUCACUUUGCUGGAACCGACACAACAGCUAACACCUUACUCACAUGCUUCCUUUACCUGAUGAGUUACCCAGAAGUCCAGGAACGCUGUCAGAAGGAAAUAGACGAAGUUCUUGAUGGGAAGGAUCAAGUCAGUUUUGAAGACAGACAUGAGAUGCACUACCCACAGGCGGUCCUUCAUGAGGUCCAGAGGAUGGCGGACGUCGCUCCUCUUUCUGUUUUUCACAAAGUUACCAGAGACACUGAGCUCAUGGGGUUCUCCAUACCCAAGGGGACAAUUAUUAUUCCUAAUCUAUCCUCCACGCUGACUGAGGACGGGUACUGGAAAGACCCCCACCACUUCAACCCCGACAACUUCCUCAAUGAUGAAGGACAGUUCAUUAAACCAGAGAACUUAAUUCCUUUCUCUGCAGGUCCACGGACGUGUCUUGGAGAGAAUCUGGCUCGGAUGGAGCUCUUCCUGAUCGCAGUGACUCUACUGAGGAGGUUCAGGUUCAUCUGGCCUGAGGACGGAGGAACUCCAGACCUCACUCCUCAAUUUGGGACCAUCCAGACCCCCAAACCAUAUCGAAUGAAGGUCCAGUUAAGACCGACUGCCUGAAGGUCCAGUUAAGACUGACCAUCUGAAGGUGCAGUUCAAGGUGCUGGAGACUUUC